UAAGACCAGACAACGACACAGCUUUGUACUAUUUCCAAGCCUUCCCCCGGCCAGGACCCAACAACUUCACAAUGGCAGGUACUCUAAGAUCGUGCACUGUUGUCCUGGCGGUGGUUCUCUGCGUCCUGGUUUGCCUCAGCACCUUCGCGGACGCCUACCCUCCCAAACCAGAGCCCCCAGUCGGAGACGUGGGACCCGAGGAGAUGGCCAAAUACCACACCGCCCUCAGACACUACAUCAACCUCAUCACCCGACAGAGGUAUGGGAAGAGAGCAGCCUCAGAGGAUGCAGUAGCUGAUCUGCUGUUUGGAGACUCUGAGCAGGAUGUCAGAGCACGUGCUGAAGAUAGUCUGCCAUGGUGAUCGGCAGCCACUUCCCUCCCUCCUCUCCUCUUUUUAGUCCUACCCUAUGUCCUGUUCAAUCCUCCUGUUUUGUGCACCUCUCUACUUGUCCCAUGUGUUACCCCUAAAAUAUUGCCCUAGGACGAAUGAGUUUAGUACGCAGAUGAAAGUAACACCUUGAACCUUGAACCAGCACCCCAAACCACACAACUAAGGUUGGGUUCCUCUACCAAUGCAUACACAUGCUCUCUCUCUCUCUCUCUCUCUCUCUCUCUCUCUCUCUCUCUCUCUCUCUCUCUCUCUCUCUCUCUCUCUCUCUCUCUCUCUGUAAUUGUAAAUAAUUAUUUAGGAGAUUAAUCUGGGAAAAUAAAGAUUAUUAUUG